AUGGUCAGGGAUUUUCAAUUGAAAGUCCCUUCAACCCCCAUCCUAACAGGACGUUCGCCUAUCGGAUACACAACUAACGAACGAAGGAAGCGCUUCCAUAGUGCUAGUGUUCAGGUAGAUGUAGGUAGUCCCAGACAACGUUUUUCUUCAGAGCAAGAGUCCGAGCAGGAAUCGAAUCCCCUAGAUAUUUGGAUGUCAAGUAGUCUUGGGGAGCGCCUGUCGUGCAGCAUUUGCUGUGAAAUCUUUUAUAAGGCGGCAAAUGUGAUUCCAUGUGGCCACAAUUUCUGUUUAUCAUGUAUCAUGAGGUUUAUGGCCACAAAGGCAGACGCAGAGUGCCCGCAGUGUCGGGAGCGAAUUAAGGAUAUUGGAAUGGCCUACACGGUUAAUUCGAUUGUAGAUGUUCUACUUGAAAAAGAUCCAGAUAAAAAACGAACUGCCGAAGAACUGCAGCGGGAAGACGAUAUGUUCGCGAAAGCAGUAAUUGAGCUGAGGAAUAAGAACAGAUUCUUCCCCAGAGUAGCUCCACCUCGAUCAAGUACAUUUCCACAAGUUCCUACACGUGAACCUCUUCAGCUACGAAGUCUUUCUCAAGAACCAGCAAGGCCACGAACUCCUCAAAGACGCACAGUUUCACAAGUUUCAAGACAAGAAAGUUCGAGAAUUCGAAGUCCUUCUCAAGGGCCCAUUGGUCGUCAGGUUCAUACUCGAGCAACCCGAGAGCCUUCUCUACCACCCAUAGGAUCACUGGGAGCAACCGUAGAUCUUUCCCUAGGAACCUUACCACAGGUUUCCACUCGAUUGAUCCUACGUCCGCAUGCACGUACUAGUGAAUCUUCAAGUGGCUCCAGUGAAUCGAUGUAUUCUCAAGCAAUGGCACAGCUGAACACAAGUGAAUUGAUGUUUUCUCAAGCAAUGGCACGGCUGCAAGAUCUUUCUCGACGGGUACAGCAGCUCCAGCAGUCAAGUCCUACUCGAGGAACCACAAGACAGGAACAUUCUUCUCGGGUAUCUACGAGGCCACAAGUUUCCCUUCCACUUAGAUCAACUUCACAAGCUGCUUCCUCAACGGCCCACAGGUCAGCAAGAUCCUCUACUAGUACCUCGCUCCCGCAAACUCUUGCUCGUGAAUCUAGAGUUGAGUCAACUGUCACUGGAAGGAGCCCAAGGGCACGAAUUGACGGUCGUGGGCCUUCGCGGCUGGAAAGUCCUCGAGGAACUACAAGGUUGCAAACUUCUCAGGAAUCAACGAGGCCACAAGCUGUCACUGGAAGCAGCCCAAGGGCACGAAUUGACAGUCGUGGGCCUUCACGGCUGGAAAGUCCUCGAGGAACUACAAGGUUGCAAACUUCUUCUCAGGAAUCUACUAGGCCCCAAGUUCCCCUCCAACUUAGCUCGACUUCACAAGUUGCUUCUUCAAUUAACCAAAGGUCCACAAUUUCCUCUGCUAGCACUUCACGCAUCCAAAUUUCUGCUCUUGGAUCCAGGGUUGAGCAAGCUGCUAGUGGAAGAAGCCCAAGGGCACGAAUUCACGGUCGUGGGCCUCCACAACUACAAAGUCCUCGAGAAGCGAGACCGGAAACUUCUCAAGAAUCUUUGAGGCCACAAGUUCCUUCUCGACUUAGCUCAACUGCACAAGUUGCUUCUUCACGGAUUCACACUUCCACAAGAUAUCACGCAACUAGCUUAUGCCCAUUAUGUUCUGCUCGUGAAUCCAGAGUUGAGCCAGUUUCUACUGGUAGAAGCCCAAGGGCACCAAUUUCCAUUCGCGCAUCCUCACGACUGCAAUUCCAAACACGAGGAGCUACUACUACUACUACAGCUUCUUCACUGCCGAGAGUCAGCACUGUGAGACGAAUGUGGAGGAUAUAG